UCAAAACAGAUACUAUUGUAUAUACUUACUCCUUUUGAGAGUCAGAAUAAUGUUAGAUUUGUAAAAUGAUAUAGUGGUGAUAAUUAAUUACAACCCAUGUGACAUGUUGGAUCUAUUCUACCUGCUUCUCCCUUACACCUUGGCGACUGCGGUCUCGGCGGGGGUCACAGCUAAAGUCACUGAGGUACCAGCUAUGGUCAGGGCUGAGGUACCAGCUGAGGUCACAGAGGAGGUCAUGGCUGAGGUACCAGUCGAUUUCAUGGCUGAAGUCACGGCUGAGGUACCAGCUGAGGUCAUGGCUGAGACACCAUCUGAGGUCAUUGUGGAGUUACCAGCUGAGGUCACAAGUGAAGCUACAGCUGGGGUCACACAUGUCACGGCUGAUGGUUCAGCUGUUGCGAGUGAGGGCUUGGCCGAUGAAUGGGAAUGGAUGGAAGCUCUAGCCCAGGGCGUCCAGAAAGAGAUCCAGGCUGUGAAGCAACCUAUCGACGAGGCGGUCAUUAAUGUGGGAUUUUCCGUCUGUGAACAUGUUCAAAAAUUGCUUGGAAUAUCGUAUGAGCAAAUGAAGGGAGAGAAAACUCCCGACCUGGACAGCCUUGCCCUGCUUUAUAGAACUAGAUACUCCACAACAAUAAUGAACAUAAGCGCUGCGCCGGAGGUCCUCAGCCGCGUGCGCCAGCUCGACCACGACAAGCGUCUCGUCAUCUUUGCGCACGGCUUCCGCGAUGACCCCACGAAAGACGUUUUUAACAACUUGACCCAGUCCUUCUUUGCUGGAAAUCACCUCAGUCUACUAGCUCUGGACGCCAGCCCGCUCAUCCAGCGGCAUUACUACCGCUCCAGCACAUACGUGCGCUUCAUAGGACACAAGUUGGGGCAAGUACUUGCUGAUAUGGUACAGUAUGGUCAAGACCCAUCCCUCAUCCACAUAAUCGGAUACAGCCUGGGGGCGCACAUAGCUGGCUUUGCCGGAAAACACUUCAAUGUGCUGACCGGAAAGCUGAUCGGCCGGAUAUCCGGCCUGGACCCGGCAGGACCCUGCUUCAGCCACGUCGCCCCGGCGCUAAGGCUGAAACAUACGGAUGCUAUGUACGUGGACGUUAUGCAUACUGAUGCUGGCGUUUUUGGGAUCAAGGCUGCUGUUGGUCACAAGGACUACUAUCCCAACAGUGGGUCGAUGCAGCCCAACUGCCUGUUCCCAGGGUGCUCCCACACUCGCACGUGGCUGAUGUACGGCGAGUCUGUGGUGUAUCCAUUCGCUUUCCCAGCGAAGAAGUGCAAGGACUGGGAAGCUUUCAAGAAAGGGGAAUGUGAUCCAGGAAUUAGUUACAUGGGCUACCAAUCUCAACCUGGACCUGCCGGCAGCAAUGGCUCGUACUUCCUGUACACGGACGGGAACUACCCCUACGGGAUGGGGCUUGAAGGCAUUAAGUACAAAAACAAUGACGGCAUUAUACAGACUAUUGGAAACUACUUUGGUGGGUUGGGUAAAAACUAA